AUGCAUGGAGCUCGAGCUCUCUUGGGCAGAGCGCGGCUCACCGACUUGAUUUCACGGCCUUCAAAUUCUCUAGCUUCCACCAGAGAGUCGUGUCUACAAUGUCAAACACGGUUUUGGACUGGAGUAAACCCCGUCAGUAUUGAUCGGCGGCAAAUAUCUUCUUCACCAUCUUUAUUCAAGGAGUCAUUGAAGCCUCAGACACAUUACGAAUUCUUUCCUCAAACGACCUCAUCGGGGCCGCCGCCCAACGGUCCAUUUUCGAUUGACCUACCCAGUCUGAAAAAGGAAUUUCUGCAGCUCCAGGCUAGAGCCCAUCCAGAUCGUCAUCCUCAAGAAGCGAAGUCGCGCGCCGAAGCAACAUCCGCUCGGAUAAAUGAGGCUUACAAAGUUUUACAAAACCCUUUACUGCGUGCGCAAUAUCUGCUGAGCCUGCGAGGAAUUGAUGUGGCUGAGGAUGAAACCGCCAAAGUGGAGGAUCCCGAGCUGCUGAUGGAAGUUUUGGACAUGCGCGAGGCGAUUGAAGCUGUCGACGAGGAGGAGGAGCUCGAGCCGCUCAAGGACAAUAUUUCAUGGAGGAUUGACGAAAGUGUAAGAAUUCUAGCGGACGCGUUUCAGGCGGACGACCUUGAUGCUGCAAAGAUUGAGGCGGUUAAGCUCAGAUAUUGGGUAAAUAUCAAAGAGAGUCUAGAUGCGUGGGAAAAGGGUAAGCCCGUUGUACUCGUUCACUGA